AGCUCCCUGCGAGCCAGCAUCCCCCUGACCCCAAAACUUAGCGGGGCAGGGGCUUGGGGAACAGCACCGGGGCUGGCGCAAGAGCUCGGGGGAGAGCACGGGAGCUGGUGCAAGGGCUCAGCACCCAUCCUGCCUUCAGCAUCCGUCCUGCCUUCAGCACCCACCCUGCCCCCAGCACCCCCCCUGCCCCCAGCACCCCCCCUGCCCUCCUCCCGGCAGCGCCCCGCCUGCCGGCACCGCAGCUCCCGCACCCCGGCCGCGCUCCGCGCUGGCUCCGGAGCCGCUCUGCAAGCCCCGGGGGGUUUUGUCUCGGCUCGGACAGAGGGGUCGGGGGGUGGCACGACCCCAGGAGGAGCCCCCCGGUGGAGGCGGCUCGGCUGCGGGAAGCAAGGAGGGGGGCGCGGGGAGCCGGGCGCGGAGGAAAGCCAGGCGGAGCAUCCGGGAGCCGCUCCCUCGCACAAGUCCCCGAGGGAAAAGCCGAGGCUCGGCUGCCCUCCGGACAGCGCCGGGCUCCCUUUAUUCAUUACCUGCCCGGGAUUUGGGCUCCGAAGGGCUGGGAGCGGGAGAUGCUGGCAGAAGUUGCGGCGAGCCCGGCUGGCGAGGACGGGGGCUGAGCGGCUCCGGAGCGCAGCGGGAGCAGCUGAACUUUGGGGUUUUAGAGCCACCCCUUUCCCCUCGGGGGUCUCUCCACGGCUGCUCACGGCACUUCGCAGCACCCCGGCCCGCUGCUCCUCUCCCCGCAAGGACAGGCACCCGCGAGGAGAAGCUGGAGGAGGGCAGCUUGGCGUCUCCUUGCCGGAUGACCGAAAACACCUCCCGGAGCCCGUCUCCCCGGCUUUCAUCAGCAAACGGAGUCGGGGAGAGGGAGCCGAGGAACAAAAAUGAUGCUGCUCAAAUUCCCUCCAGCACCUGCUGUUUCCCAAGGAACUCCGUGCCCCUAGGGGCUCGCCGUGUGCCUGUCCCGGAGUGAGGACCGAUGGACCACGGAUGCAUCCCGACCGCGUCGGGUAAGAAUUUGCUGUUGAGAAACCUUCCCCAGCAAGGCUUCCUCUGCCUGGUUUGCAGUGUAUGGUUCGGGGUAAGCACGGCAGUUUUUGCCUGUUUCUUUCCCUUUUAAAUCUCUCGGGCUUGGAGAUCUCUUUCCUCGCCGCAAUUAUGAUCAUUUGCAACAUCAGUGCCAUCAAAGAUUGGAGCGCUUUCCUCUCCCAGAUCCUCCCCAGCGUCAACAAGACUCUGAAUUUGGUACAGCAAGUGGAAGCCACCACCAGCUCGGUGGUAAGUGUCCUCCAGGACCCCGAGCAGGACAACUACCUGUCCAACAGCCAGUCCAUGAACUCCAGCAAUUUCACCGCCGGCCUGGACCACUUGUUCCAGUACUCGUACUCGGACAAUGACCAGCUUUACAAGGAGUACAAACCCCCUCCUCGUGAUGCCAUCCCCCUGCCCAAGGCUGUCCUCUACCUUCUCAUGGCAGCCCUGGUGGUGGUGGCCGUGGCGUACGCCAUCGUCGGGCACCUCAUCAAGGACCUCGUUCAUGACUUUAUAGACUGGAUCUUCGGCCCCAGCCCGGACGACAACAGCAACAAAAGCGACGUCAACUGCAUCAGCAGCAGCCUCCACGAGAUGGGCGAGGGGCCCGAGGCGCCGCGGCGCCGGGACCGCCAGCCCCACGACGUGGCCAUCGCCAUCGGCGAGACCUGCCAGCUGCCACAGCAGACGUGACCGGCGGCACGGGACGCGUGGCACGGAUGGGGAAGGACCAAGGGAAACGUCUCCGUGGUCCCCUCUCGCCACCGGCAGGACCGUUGGGGUGGACAGACGGGUGCUGCUGUCCCGCAGAACCCCUCGCAGGGAUGCAGGGGGACAAGCAGAGGGGGCGGCUGUCACUGUGCUGGGGGGGCGAAGUGCUCCUCGUCCCCGCUGUGCCAAGCCCUAAGGACAUUGCUGGGGGGGGCAGGAGGGCUCGGUGGUCCCACCCCGGUGGCUGCCCGUGGGUCCGUGCCCUCCUUUUCUUCCCUGUGAGUUGCGACAAGGCAGCUGGAGAAAUGCACCGGGGGGACGGAGCUGGAAGAGGGACACGGCAGGGACGGGACGGGAGGCGCUUUGGCACGCCCUUGUGUCAUGUUAUGGGGACAGGGUGGUGAAAAGGGCAAAGGAGCAGGCAGCAGACAAGGAGAAACGGGGGUGUCCACCCAAAUCCCUGCUCACAGCCCCCCACGGCCUCCUCGUCCCCCCUGCCGUGCUGUCUGUCCCCUGAGGUGGACGGAUGGACGGACAGGGCCCCACCUGCAGCCAACCCAGCUCUUUGGGGCGCGGGGGGUGGGGGGAGGCCAAAAUAAAUGAAUAAAUAC